AUGCUAGCUGUAUCUACACAGUCCACUCCAGCAACCAUGAACAAGCCUGAACAUUACGAUGCACCACCAAUGUAUUCCCCAUCAUCGGAAUUCAAUUCCUUCCUCGAUGAAAAGGCCGACAAUCCCAUUAUUCUACUACCGGAGCAAAACGAGCCUGGGUUUGCCGUUGCAUCUGCUCUCAGCCGAGGCCUGCAAGUACCAUCUAGAUCCGGAGCCUGCACAUCAGGAUUCGAGUAUCCAGAUGAACUUUCUCAUUACGGCAUUUCUGAAACCCACUGGGCAGAAUUCACACAAGUAGUCUGCGAUGAGGCAAAGCUUUCACGGCAGCAGUGGACCACUGUUGUUGGCAAAGGCCUAGGCACAAUGGCAGUAGGUGGGCUGAUGGUCGGCAUUCUGGGCGCUAUCCCUGCAAUCUUCGUUGCCCGUCUCACCAGAAACCGACAAGAACAACGGAAUCUGAUUUCGUCAAUGGCUGGAGCUCGUGGUGAACAUCUUGCUCGUCAUAUCUCGCAAUGGAAUGAGACAGUCUUUCGACCCAGGGGUGUUUUGAUCCGGGUCGAUUUGCCCGAUGAAUAUUUGAAUGAUAUGGAAGAUAUGGAUAUUCGCACAAGUGGUCGAUCGGCUAGGUCUGCUAAGAAGUCUCGAGAUAAGGCUGCACUCAAGGCGAGAAUUGUGAUUAUUCCUUUGGAUGGGUCGAUGCCAACGGGGAAUUCCUCAAAUUGA